AUAGGUUAAGUUUGACAAUAUGGCCAAAGAAGAAGCUGAUUGUGGAAGAGAUGACAUGUUAAUUGAUGGGUGUGAACCUGAGCAGAGGCAACGAAAUGCUGUUCCUGAAGGAUUUAAUGCCAAUUAUCUUAAAUUAUACUAUGGAAAGCUGUUUCCGCACAUUGAUAUCUUUAAAUGGAUGUCCUAUGGAAAUGAUGGGAAGCACCCGGCUUGUGAUCCAUCUUACUUUGGCAGAAGAGAAUUUUCCUUUACUCUGGAUAAUGAUAUAUAUUUGCGGUUCCAGUCAUUCAACAAUGCGGCGGAGUUGGAAAAUUCCAUCAAAGACAAGUGCCCAUUUAAAAUUGAUAUUGGGCCUGUGUACAGUGUAGAUCCUGCUAAAAGACAUGCCUAUACACAUUCUGGUGAUAAUGUUUUCACUCCAGUGGAGAGGGAGCUGAUUUUUGAUAUAGAUAUGACAGAUUAUGAUGAUGUUCGAUAUUGCUGCUCAGGAGCUGAUGUUUGCCUUGACUGCUGGCCAUUGAUGACCAUUGCUAUUAAAAUGAUUGAUACAGCCCUUAGAGAUGAUUUUGGUUUCAAUAACAUUCUUUGGGUAUAUAGUGGUCGUCGUGGUGUUCAUUGUUGGGUUUGUGAUGGAAGAGCAAGAAGGUUAAGUAAUGACCAGAGGGCUGCAAUUGCCGAGUAUUUCCGUGUCUACAGGGGCAAUGAAAAUAGUCAUAAGAAGGUUUCUUUUCAAGGCCCUCUUCAUCCUUUUUUAGUAAGAUCAUAUACAGACGUUUUGAAGAAUUUCUAUGAGGAGAAAUGGCUUUGUGGUCAACCGCUGUUUGCAACUCAGGAGAGAUUUGAAAAGAUUCUAAAUAUGAUUUCGGAACAAUGUAAAAAGUUCAUUAUUUCAUUCAAAUGA